CGCAGCGCCAGCGCAUUCGGCGACACCACGCCGCUUGGCAACACACAACGAUUCCGGACUAGGUACCCACCGCCGCGAGCCCCCCGAGCGGCCGAACGCGCAGCUGCUCCGUGUCGAAGCGGAGGCCGCUGGCCGCGCGAGUCCGAGCGGCGAGCGAAGCGGCGGAAUCCAUCGAUGGCCGGGUUCGGGCCUCUUCGGUUCGCGUUCCAUUUCGUGCAAGCGAAGGCACCACCCGCCCUGACGCGGCUAUAAAUCCCCCAUUAUCUGAUCGAACCGGUAGCCACCCCACCCAGUCACCCACCCGCGCUCGCCAAAAAUGUUAGAGCCCACGAGAUACUACUAUCGCCGCCGCCGCGGGCGUGGCGCGGUGGCGGCGGCCCGGCGGUUGCCGACGGUGGCCGCCAUGGACAGGGCGAAGUGGGGGGACCUCCCCGAGAACGUCCUCCUCGGCUUCACCGCCUGCCUCCCCUGCCGCGCCGACCGCGUCCGCAUGGCCUGCGUCAACAGGCAGUGGCGCGCCGCCGUGCGGGAGGGGCCGCGCCCCCCGCCGCCGGCGCCCCAGCUCCCGCCGCUCCCGCCCCAGCUGCCGUGGCUCAUCUUCCCCAGCUCCGCGACGCCCUCCUUCUACAGCUGGAUCGGCCGCACGAGCCACCCCCUCCCGCUCCCGCCCGACGUCCGCGUCGCGCGCUUCUGCGGCUCCUCCGACGGCGGCUGGUUCGUCCUCGCGCUCGACUCCAGCCACCGCUACGCGCUCUACAACCUCAACUCCGGCCACCGCGUCGAGCUCCCGCCGGGGAUCGUGUCCCCCUCGGGCAAGCAGUUCCCCUUGGUCGCGCGCUUCGCCACCCUCUCCGCCUCGCCGCCGACGCCGUCGUCGUCUCCUCGGCCCUACAUGCUCGCCGCCGUCGUCCUCGUGUCGCGGCGGCUCGACGUCGCGUUCUGGGUCCAGGGGAGCAAAUGCUGGUUCCCGCACAGGGGCCCGAGGCUGAACCAGCCGCAGGACGUCGUCUACUACAACGGGGGCUUCUACUUCGUCACCGCCGACGAGGGCGUCGUCGUGUACUGGCCGGGGUACGGCCGCCUGACCAACAACCAGAUGCGGAUGCGCCGCGUGGAGUACAACAUGCUGCGGCGCGACGAUUACCUCGAGGACAUGGGCUUCAUCGGAGGCAACGGAUCCAUCACGCGCUACCUCGUGGAGUCCCGGGGCCAGCUGCUGAUGGUCGCGAGGUACAUCUACAACGAGGGCGGCACGGAGGUGCUCCGCGUGUUCAGGUUCCAUGUCAUGCCGCUGACGCCCGCCGCCGCCAUCAGCGGGCGACCUCGCGCCACCUGGUUGCCCGUCGACUACCUGGAGGGGCGGAUGCUGUUCGUGGGGAAAGGCUGCUCCAGAUCGUUCGAGGCCGCUCGGUUCCCCGGGUUCGAGGACGCCAUCAUCUACUUCCUCGACGAGGGCUUCGUCCACGACACGACGGCGUCGGCGGCGGUGCAGGAGAGGCCGCGCUACUCGUUCACCGACAUGGGCAGGUACGAGAUGGACGACAUGGCCAGCGAGGCGUGGCCUCCGGUGGAUCGCCGCCCGACGACGUCGGACAACGCUCCCCCCACUUGGUGGUUCCCCUGACCUGACCAUGCGCUCUCCGGCCCGGUUACUCUUCAGCUUAUGAUGAUACUUGCAUACGCUUCAUUUUCAUCAUGAGUAUGGUUGAAUUGCUGUUAUGAGAUGAUCAAAUUGUUUGAUAACACUAGUAGGAUUGCAGGAGAAUGAAUGAUACGUGCGUAUGUGCCUCAGUUGAUGGUUUCGAGGCUUCAGUUCAGGUCCUGCGAGGCUGCAAGCCUGCAACAAAGGAUCUCGGGGAAAUUUUGCUUUACUGAUUGUUGCCCCAUAACUGCUGUGUCGUUUGGUUCACCGUUUUUCAAUUCUCAUUUGUUCAGGAUUUCAGGUCGGUUUAGCUUCAAUGCGAUGAUGAUAUGUCAAGGGAAAAUGUGAUGAUGUACCGUAGUGGCCGAAGGUGUCCUCUUCUUCCUUUCAUUUUGCAAGCAAGACAUGUGU